AUGGCGGAGCAAGGGUGCAUCAGCCAGUGCAUUUUGGCACUGAUGAAAAACGUGCCUGGCGGGAGAGGCACGGAGGCCUCAGCUGCUCUGAGCUCGCCAUUUUGUGCUGAUGGCUCUCGGAACAUCUCUUCCUCCUCUACUCCAGGCGGAGAAGCCCAGAUUUCCCCGGCAGUGACGCCUGACUCUCCCUCCAACCUCCCGGUGGACCCCCCCCUUUGCGGCAAAGGCGCGCCGGUCUUUCUGCCGGUGAAAAAGGAAGACCGUCCGCAGCCCGAGGGGGCCAGUUGUGACAUGGCCGCUGGCAACGCCACGGCUGGCUCGGUGGCGCUGAGCGAAUGUGGCCAGGUCAUGAUGGAGCAGGCUCCGAAGGCUGGCACGUCGAGGCCCCAAAGUCUUGGGGAGUCUCCGGGGACAGACAUUCUGGAUACCCGGAUAGUGAUGGGGGAGGAGACCCGCUGCCUCGGAGGGGCAGACGAUGCCGCAGGGGCGGCUGCACAGGACAGCCCCGGGCCGCCCGAGCCCGGUGUCUCGGAGGCCGGCUCCAGCGAGGAGACGAGCGACACGGAAGAUCAAGCGUUGGUGGCUUGUGAGGGCCUCCAAGAAGCCCCCCCCACUCCCGUUGCAAGAGACUUCGGUAACCGCCAUGCCUGCACGUCCAUGUCCCCGCCGGGCCUUCUGAAGCACCAGGAGCCGGCGGCGGCAGGAGUGUCCCCUCUCUCUCAGGGUGAGCCAAUGGCUGACGUGCCUUCCCCGUCUCCCACACUCGCCAAAGACCUUCCUGCGGAGCUGGCCGAGCACCGCUGUGGCCUAGACCCCGAGCUUUACUUCACGGCUCCGUCCACCCCUAUCCAGACUGCGUUUCCCCACCUUAGGCAGCCCCCUUUCUCUAAAGACAGCCUGAGCGAGGAGCAGAACGACCUGGACAGUGAAGGCCUCUGCUCCCCACCCACCUCGCCUUCGGGGUCCUACAUCACGGCUGAGGGAGGCAGUUGGACCUCCUCAGGCACAGCGAGCACCUCCCCGUCCUGCUCCCCCAAUCUCUUAGCCGAGUCGGAAGCUAUGGAGGCCCCAACCGCUGACAGUGAGGCUCUAUCGGAGCUAGAGCUUCCUGAAGGGGAACCCAAACCCUCUGGGGAGUCCUGCCCUCCUCUCGUGUUGGAGGGAGAGGUGGCUUUCUCAGCGCUCUCUCCCAGCCCCUUCGUUCCCUCUUCGUUUCCUGCAGAGGAUGACAGCGGAGGCGAGGAUGAGGAGCAGGUCACUCCGGAGGAGGAGGAGGAGGAGGAGGAGGAGGAGGAAGACAGGGACUGCGAGAUGACCCCCUUGAAGCCCCUCCCUCAGAAGUUGGAGCAGGCCUAUCCCUCUUGGCCCCCCAAUGGCGACGAUUCGGAGGAUGAAGCCGACCUCAGCUUCAGCGCUUUGGAGGACCACGAGCGUUUCACGGUGGAGGGUUUGCCUUCGUACAAAGCAGAAGAAGUAGCUGUAGGGUCGGAAGCCUGCCCCUUGGCUUGUCCCCUUGGUGCCAUGUCUGGGCCUCCCUCUGAGCUCCGAGGUGUGUUUGGAGUGAGCCCCUCUGAGGCGGGCGCACCUGGCGGGGUGCAGAGGGAGCCACCUGCUUCCUCCCCAGACGACGGUGUGGAGAGUGCCGAGAGCGAUCAGAUGAUAUCAGCUUUGCUUCUCCCAUUCCACGGUAGCCUCCUUUUUGAGGCAGAGUCCAUGGAGAUCACUCUCUUCCCGCAGGGAGAAGUGGUGGAAAACGAUGCCCUCUACGGCGUGGAGGACGACGACAGCACAUCCGUGUCCUUCCUGCACUCUCUCUCAGAAACCUCCAUCAAUGAAGGAGCGGACGAGUCCUUCGCUUACCAGGAUGACACCUCACAGUCCUCUGACUCUGCCUCCUAUGACGGAGAGGAUGGUGGGCAGCCGUACAGUGCGGAGCAAUAUGCUGUGGUCACCGAUACAGCCGUAUCUUCCAAGGAAGAUCUGGAGAGCGGACCAUCCCAUCUGGGCAGCGAGAGCGAGAUGGAGACGUCCUCAGAUGCUUACAACACGGAUGAAGAUGCUGUUCCUGCAACAGGGGAACAACAUCUGCAGACUGAGGGAGGGCCAGAGGAAAAGGACAGCUUCCAGGGUAAGCCUGAAGAGGAAGGGAUGACCCAGGAGGACCCAAUGAAAUCUCCAAGCUCCUUUGAGGCAACAGCUGUCUCCAGGCUGCAAGGUAGGCCAGAGUUAGAGAGCCCAGGUGGUUCCUCAAGGAGCAGCAGUAUUUCUCACACGGGCCAAGAACAGGAGUCUCUGCUGGAGCAGGACUCUGCAGUUGCUUCUGAAGACUUAAGUCCCACAAGUCAGUAUGAAAAAGAAGAAGAGCCUCUUAAGGAAAUGGUCCCCACCCAUGUCUCUCCAGAACACCUGCCUCACCAAGAUGUCCAGCCAACCAACCCGGAGUCCGGUGUUUCUGAUUGUGGAGAGUGUCUGAUUGCCUGCUUUGAUACAGAUGAAGAACUGGAUAACCAGCCUCCAUUGACCAAUGCUGCAGAAGUAUCUCUGUCAGUGGGUCACUUAGCUGAAGAAUGGAUAGGCCAGGUUUGCGCAGGGUCUGUCAUCCCCCUGGAAUGGAAUCCCAAAGCAUGCCCAGUUCAGUUUGAAGAUCUGGAAGCCAUGGAUGUCAAUGACUCAUCCGCCUUUGACAUUGGCGCCCGGCUAAAAGAGUCUGAGAAACGGCUGCUAGAGCUCCUUGACCAAGAUGGUGCCACUGGCAGAAGCUCAGCAGAACCGGAGCAGGGCGAUGGUGAGAUGCUGGAUACUUCUUCGGAGAAGGAGGUGCCAUUUGUGUCGCUCCUUGAAUCUGAGGUGGCCAUUUUAGAACAGCCUGAAGUGAUCCGAGCAGAUACCGAGACAACAGAGGACAGCCUCAUUGCCUGUUUGGACUCAGAGGAUGAGCUUGAGGAAGCUUCAUCUCUUGACCAGAUGAACAACAACGAGGAUCGUGUGAUGGUGACAUUUUCUGAGGCAAAAUCUGAUUCUCAUUCUCUCUUGGCACUAAGCAGCACACCGGAAAACAUACUUGCCGCAGACAACGAGGUCCUUCUAGAGGCAGGAGCACCAUUGCCUCAAGAAUCUUCUCUGUUCCACCCAGAAGUUGAGGAAGCAGCUGAAUUGCAGAGCUGGAGUUUAUGUGGAACACAGAAUAGUUCAACAGAUCCGGAGAUAGGACACUUUUCCAACGAAGAGGCAGCAGUGGUAGAUGACACCACAACUCCCAAUCUUUCUGAACUAUGCUUGGAGACUGGCGAAGCUGGAACUGUCAAUGGGAGAGAGACUCAGGAGAGCGAACACUACCCUAUGCCAGCGCAGGUAGAAAUGGGCAGCCAUGCUGAUGAAACUUCCGAGGAAAACCUAGAUAAAGCUAAGGACCUUCUGGAUCUGUCCAGGGAAGAGUUAACUGAAACAGAUGACAACUCACAGAAUGUGGUGGAAGAGUUAGAGGAGCACCGCCAAGGGCUAUCUGAGGAGGGUGAUGCUGACCAGAGUUGGGAAACUCCAUCUGAAGAAGAUGCAUCAGAACUUGAGAGUGAAGAAUGCAGCAAAGCAGACUUCAUUGCUGAAAUCCCAUCAGUAGAAGAUGCUGUUGAGGUGGGGGACCAGCUGGAAUCCAGCUGCUUAACAGCUGAUGCCACGGAGCAGUUAGAAUCAGAAAUCCUAGUAACGCAGCAAGUAGAUACUCACAAUUUAGCAAUCCAGCAUUCUAGUCUGAAAGACAAUAACAUGAAUGUGCUACAGGAGGAGGAAGUUGAGGAUUUCAUGGACAACAUAAACACAACUGAUGACCCAGCCUUGUUUGCAACCUCUGAAGAAAUAAUGGGUCACCAAGAAGAGAUGGGCGAAAUGAUUGAGCAAGUUGGCUAUCCUGACUCAGAAGAUAGAAAAGAGUCCACUGAAUGGCCGCAAAUUGGGGGUAUGGUGACCCUGGAGCCCCCAUUGGUGCCCAGAGAUGAUGAGUUGGUUAUUCAACAGGGAACUGCAGCUCAAAGCAAUAGAGAAUGUGGGGAAUCAACUGAGUCUCCACUUGAUGUGAAGGAUUUCCAUCUUCUAGACACCGACUCUGGGGCAGUUGAGGCUGCCCCGGACAUUCUUCCAGCAGAAAAAAUAGACCAAACACUCUCCAGUAAUACUGCUGAUGACCUACCUGAGAAACAUCCACAAGUUCAGAAGAAGACUUUUGCUCAAGCCCUCCUUCAGGGUCUCCUUCCUAUUUUGGAAACUGGGCACACUUUGCAGGAAAAAGAUUUGGACGCCACCCUCCUUCCUCCAGAAGUGUUGGAGGAUUCCCCAUCCUACUCUCAUAUGGAUUCCAGCUUCUUGACAGCAACUGAGGAUGUCUCCAAUGAAACCACUGUCUUGGCUCCAACUCCAGAUUCUGGAAGAGAAGAGUUUAUGACUCCUGAGCAAACAUGGGGUAGUCAAGGCAUAGUUGUGGAGGAGAGUCACCCUCCACAAGAACUGGAGGCAGUGACUGCAGAGUUGGAGCAUCUGAUGGUUGAGGUUGAAAACGUUGAGUCUGAAUCCUUGGCUGCCCCACUGAAUUGCUCUCCAGCAGAGGAAUCUUCCCAGCAGAGCAUGGCUGUGUGUCUGCAUUACAGUGCUCUUGCUCAGCCACCUAUGGCCACCCCACGGCAUGCUGUGGCACAAAGAGAUGUGUCACCUGAACUUAGGAACCAUCAACAGCUCUUCUUUGCUUCUGAAGACAAGAUAUAUUUGAGUGAGCUUCAUGAAACUCAGCAUAGCCUUUCCAGUAGAAAUUUAGAGAUGGAGCAGGCUGAUGCUGCAGAAUAUUUGGGAAGCAUUGACAGGGAUGUGGCCACGGCCAGUUCUGAAACUUUCACCCCAGAGAGCUCACCAACCACCCCUAGCCAGCUCGAACCAUCUGGUGCCUUGUUUCAAACUGAUGUUGGAACCUCAGUAUCUGCUAGCGUUCUUGCAGACCAGCAACAGGUAACCAGCAUGCUGCAAGGCUCUUUUGGGAACUUGGAGGACCGAAGAGUGGAGGCUGCACAUCUCAUAAGUAGCCUCCUUGUAGCAGAAGCACAGAGCCUUCUUGGUAGCCUGAAGGAAAAUGUCUUGGAGAGCAUCUGUGGAGAGCACAUAACAGAAGUAUUAGAACCAAAAUAUUCUGAAGAACCUGAAAGCCCAAUGAUUCUUGGGGAGGAGGCUGCUGAUUAUGAACAAUCCUGGCAGUCUUGCAAGGAAGCCAAAGCUGAAGACCAGGCCGAGAUGGAGGAGGGUGGAACAGAAAAGGUUUUUCCCAUUUCAGAGGGGACAGAGAUGGAGGACCCUCAGUUGCAAAUUUCUGCACCAAACAGAGCAGCCCAGCCUGCCAUGGAAGAUGUUGUCUCUACACCUGGGGAAGAUGAGGCUGAUGUCAUUGAUGGAAGCCCUACUCAGGGCCUGCCAGAAGAGCUUCCAAGGCUAGACGCCAAUAGUAUGGCAGAAGAGAAAACCAUGGAAGUUCUAGAGGUGUUAGAACUGGAGGAUACAGAAUUGGAGAUGACCCAUCCAAGGACAGAGAGUCUUCUCACUGAAAGCAUGGUACUGUCCCCUUCUGAAGAUGCCUUGUUGCCUCUGGAUUCUCCUAUUCCCCUGUUGCAGGCUUCCCGUUCAGUUGGAACAUCGUCACAAGAGACUCUUGCUUGUCCUCCAGAGCAACCCCCACCCCCUGCCCCAGAGGAGGCUCCUGUCUCCCUGCCUCCUUCCCCAAGACCUGAGUUCCCAGAAGUGCCUCCUCUUUUGCCCUUGACGCUGCCACCUUCACCUCCCCCAGAGGGUCCUGUCCAAGGCCCAGCAGCUACCUCGCAGCUCAUUCCUUUGACUACAAGUCCUUGUGUGGAACACAUUCCUUCCAAAGAGACUCUCCUCCUGCAGGAUCCCCCAAAACCUCCUGUGGAAGCCCUCGAGAGUGCCAGGUCUCCAGGGCCCUGCCAGCCCAACCAACUCCCCAGCAGCAAAGAUGCCCGAGGGCGGAACCAGUUGCCUGGCAACAGAGACUCCCGAGCCAAGGACUUGGUGUCUGCCCGGGAGAAGCGAGCCGGCCGGGGCUCCCUCCCACUGGAGUCAAGUUCAAGCGAAGAGAGGGAGCUGGAGACGCUAGGCGAGGCGGCGGGCAUGAUGCUUUUGGAAGAGAAGAAGCCGUUGGUGGGGAAGAGGGUCCCAGACACCAACCAUAAAGGAUCUUCUAACGAUUCGGAAAGCAACGAAGGGUCGAUACCUGAAUUGGAGGAGCCAAACAUUCCAGUACCACGGACAGCUCAGACAGCACAGGCACAACUGACGCAUUCCCUGGGGACUGGCGAAGAGUCCAUUAGCAAGGCCAAGCAGAGCCGGAGCGAGAAGAAGGCUCGAAAGGCCAUGUCCAAGCUGGGUCUGCGGCAAAUCCAUGGUGUCACCAGGAUCACCAUCCGCAAAUCCAAGAAUAUUUUGUUUGUGAUAACGAAGCCAGAUGUCUUCAAAAGCCCUGCCUCGGACAUCUACAUUGUCUUUGGAGAAGCCAAGAUCGAAGACCUCUCGCAACAGGUACACAAAGCUGCAGCAGAGAAGUUCAAAGUUCCUGUGGAGCACUCGCCCUUGAUCACAGAAACAGCCCCCACCCUCACCAUCAAGGAGGAGAGUGAGGAAGAGGAGGAGGUUGAUGAAACGGGUCUGGAGGUGAGAGAUAUUGAGUUGGUCAUGGCUCAGGCCAACGUGUCCCGUCCCAAAGCCGUGCGAGCCCUCCGGCACAACAAUAAUGAUAUUGUCAAUGCCAUAAUGGAGCUGACCAUGUAGUGACUGGUUGGUGCCCCCCCAGCCUCUGUCCCCCUUUCUGUAUAGAUGCACAGUUGCCCAUAUCCA